AUGGCGCAAACUCUAGCUCGUCUCGAGAAUCAUCAAUGGGUAAUUGCUGGAAUUUCCAAGGGACUCGUUCAGGAGGGAAGUAUCGGAGUAGAUACUGGGAGCUCGACGUCGAAUUCUGAGGACCCAGCAUCUGAGAUCGAGGAUCAAGUUGCCUCGCUCUCUAUUGAAGUAUCAACACCACCAACAGCCUCGAGCGACGGAGAAUGGCUAUGGUGGUUGUCGGUACCAAAAGAAGAAACCACAUCGGUACUUCAUUCACUACGCCCCGGUGGUUUCAUUAAUGGUCAUCCAAUUAGUUAUCCUGCCCCUCUUACCAUAUUUGAGGUUCCUAAUGACCAACACCGGUGUAUCUACAUAAGCAGGCAUCCCGGAUGUCCUAAUCUUUAUGGUGAUUACGUCAAAGAUGCUUCUCAGUAUGUGUCACCGGGUUGUCUCUACGGUAAACCUUCUAAAACGGCUUGGACGAUGGUUUACGUUGAGGAUCCUGACGAAGAUUACUUUGACCAUUUCAAUCAGGAUUAUUUCGGAGUUAUGUCGUCGUGGACCCAGACCUUGUAUGCGCCACCUACGCACACGAUUCCAAUUGACAACGCGUGGAUGGCUUUUUCGGUUUGA